CCUCAUUGUGGAAAUGUUUAGUAUCUGUUUGGUAACUGUAGUAAGUGGACCUGGCUGCACUGCCUAGCUCGAUCUCCUCUCAUUAAGCAUCUUGUUCAGAAGACCUUGGUAUUAUUAAAAAUAGACCAACAUCAUCAACAUGGCUGCCGAAAGACUGUCCGUAAUCCAAGGACAUAUUAAAGGAAGCAAUGUGUUCAUGGAGAAAUCCAGUAGUAACAAUCACAGGGAGAGUCAUAAGGUUCCGCAACGUAGGCAAGAUUUUAUGAAGUGGAAUGGAUGGGGUUACAGAGAUUCCAAGUUUCUUUAUGACUUGGACAAGGAUGUCAUCCACUUUGUUGGGGCCAGGUAUCCUCUAGCAAACAAGAAGUUUCCCUCUUUCAAGACGUGGCUGAAAACCGCUUUUGGAAUUACCGAAGAUUAUCACUGCAAACCUAAGUUUGAAAUAAAAACCGAAGACUUGCCAGUUCCAGUAGUAGACAAGGACUUCCUAAAAGACAUCAAGAACCUUAAGGUAUUUUAUACUGAUGACCCGCAGGACAGACUCUUUCGAUCUCAUGGUCAUACUAUGCGGGAAGUUUUUCUGCUAAGACAAGGCAGUUUUAAUAGAAUUCCUGACCUUGUGGUUUGGCCAACUUCUCAUAAUGAUGUGAUUGAAAUUGUUAAAGCAGCGAACAAACACAACAUUGUCAUUAUACCAUUUGGAGGUGGCACUAGUGUUUCAGGAGCAUUGGAGUGUCCAGUGGACGAAAAAAGAAUGAUUGUUUCCAUGGAUACUACUGAAAUGAACAAAAUAUUAUGGGUCGAUAAGAAGAACCACACAGCCCACAUUGAAGCUGGAAUAUUGGGUAAAGACUUAGAAUGUAAGCUUGCUGAGUACGGAUUCUGUACGGGUCAUGAACCAGAUUCUGCUGAGUUCAGUUCUCUGGGAGGUUGGGUAGCCACCAGAGCAUCUGGGAUGAAAAGAAAUAUCUAUGGAAAUAUAGAAGAUAUGUUGGUCCACGUGCGGAUGGUAACAUCUCAAGGUGUUGUGGAGAAAAAUUGCCAGGUUCCAAGAAUCUCGAGUGGUCCAGACGUCCAUCACUUCAUUCUCGGGUCUGAAGGUACAUUUGGAGUAAUUACAGAAGUAACACUUAAGAUACGCCCUCUACCUGAAUGCAAAAAAUAUGGUUCGUUCAUAUUCCCAGAUUUUGAAACCGGAGUGGCGUUUAUGAGAGAGGUUGCUAGACAGGGACUUAAACCAGCUUCUGUUCGUUUAAUGGAUAACGAUCAAAUAAUGUUUGGUCAAGCCUUAAAGCCCGAAGCCGAAUCCAUCUUAAGCUCAUUGUUCGAUAGCGUGAAAAUGUUUUACGUCAUUCGAAUCAAAGGGUUCGAACUCACCCGGGUAGUCGGCCUCACCUUGUUACUUGAAGGGAACAGAGAAGACACCCAACUGCUAGAAAACAAGCUACUAGCUUUAGGGAACAGGUUUGGAGGUGUGUAUGCAGGUGAAGAUAACGGCAAACGAGGUUAUCUUUUAACUUAUGUCAUUGCAUACAUUCGGGACCUAAUAUUUGACUUUGGAGUGUUUGCCGAAUCUUUUGAAACAUCAGUGCCAUGGGAUAGAGUCCUUGACCUCUGUAGAAAUGUUAAAGCCAGAAUUCUAAGAGAAGCGGAAGCACAUGGAUUACCCCAUCAACCAUUUGUUUCCUACCGAGUAACCCAGACUUACGAUGUGGGGGCUUGUAUUUACUUCUAUAUGGGUAUUAACGGCCGUGGCCUUCCAGAUCCGAUUCAUGUCUACGAGGAACUCGAGGCGGCAGCUAGAGACGAGAUACUUGCUUGUGGAGGAAGUGUCUCUCAUCACCACGGAAUUGGUAAGAUCCGAAAGCGUUGGUUGAAACAGUCUGUGUCCGGUGUUGGUCUUGGAAUGAUGAGGGCGGUGAAAGAAUACGUUGAUCCAAAUAAUGUGUUUGCCAACGGAAACUUGAUGAUUUGAUCUUUGACCAUUUGAUAAACAGCAAGAAAAAUAACCAUGACUAUAUUUUUCAAUCUUCCAUGUACACUACACCUUGAUAUAUUUUACACUGUACGUCAUCGGCAAAUUUCCGUUUUUAAUAUCCUAGUUACUUGGUUGUGGUUAAUAUUAUAUAUUUAUUAUUUACUCAAAACACUACAAGCUUUAGUAUUAUAUUUUCAUAAAAACGCUUGUUUGUGAUAUUACGUAAUUUUGGUGUUCAAGAAGAUAAAUUAUUUGGUAAAACUAGGUGAAAUUAUAAUGCCAAAUAAUUUCCUUUAAUUGCU